UGCAGCCAGAGGCCUCUCAGCUUGGAGCUCCCGAGCCAGAUGUAACAUUGACCUUAAAUGGUAAAAGCUCCCCAGAGUGAAGAGAGGCUGGCCAGAGGAGGAAAAGGGAAUAACUCAGUUUUAGCCUGUGGAGCCCAGGCCUCUUGGAGCAUCUUGGGGGCUGACGCAGCGGAGGUUCCGGGCACUCGCAGCCACUGCCAGGAGGUUGCCAUGCCCCACAUUCCCGAGGACGAGGAGCCUCCCGGAGAGCCACAGGCAGCCCAGAGCCCCGCCAGCCAAGACCCUCCUUCAGCAGGAAUAUUCCACAGCCCACCUGCAAUCAUCCUGACAGGGGAUGCUGGUUCCCCAGGAGAGACCGACAAGUCCCUGGCCAACAGAGCUCACAGUCCCCACAGGAGGCUUUCUCACCGACACCUGAGGGUCUCCACCGCGUCGCUGACGUCUGUGGACCCUGCGGGGCACGUCAUUGACCUGGUAAAUGACCAGUUGCCGGACAUCAGCAUCUCAGAAGAGGACAAGAAGAAAAACCUGGCUCUUUUGGAAGAAGCCAAGUUAGUAAGUGAACGAUUCCUGACUCGACGUGGGAGGAAGUCCAGGAGCAGCCCCGGAGACUCCCCAUCAGCUGUCCCCCAGAACAGCAGCCCCGGAGCUUCUCCUUUGCCCUCCAGGAGCAGCCCGGUGACAGUCCCCACUCCGCCAGGUCUGGAUGUGUGCAGUGGCCCACAGUCCCCGUCACCAAGAUCACCACCGCAGAAGGGAGAUGAGGCGGACUUCUCCUCACCUCGCCUUGGCGAGCCUAAUGUCCCCAAAGGGUUAGCUGACCGGAAGCAGAAUGACCAAAGGAAAGUGUCUCAGGGCAGGCUGGGUGUUCGCUCUUCCCCUGUUGAAAAGUCCAAAGAACUUGCAAUAGAACAAAAGGAAAACUUCGAUCCCCUCCAACACCCUGAGACCACACCCAAAGGCCCAGCUUCUGGCACAAAUAGCAUUGGGAAAAUGGCCCUAAACAGCCCCCAAUCUGUCCCUGCUGAAAGUGAGCUGGGGAGGCAGCUCACGAAGACAGCCAGAGAGGGCAACCCUCUGCCAAGAAGUCCAGCCCAGAGCUCGGGAGGAGUGACCCCACCAGCCCCCCAGGGAAAAAUCUCCCCUGGAGAGCCCCCAGCAUCCAAGGUUAGCCCCAAAGUCGAACAGCGGCCCCCUGUGUCCCGGCCACCCCUGAUCCGGGGGGUCUCCUGGGACAGUGGCCCUGAAGAGCCAGGUUCCCGGCUACAGAAGGUGCUUUCCAAGCUGCCAGUGGCAGAAGAGGAGAAGCGCUUCCCAGGCAAAGCCAGUGGCAAGCUGGCCAAAGUGCCAGAGCUUAAAGACUUCCAGAUACAAGUGCAGCCUGUGCGGAUGCAGAAACUGACCAAGCUCCGUGAGGAGCACAUUCUGAUGAGAAACCAGAACCUUGUGGGUCUGAAGCUUCCCGAACUGAGUGAAGCAGCCGAGCAGGAGAAAGGAGUCCCUUCUGAACUCUCUCCAACUACCGAGGAUGAAGAGUCAAAGAGUGGCUUGGAUGUCAUGCCCAAUAUUUCUGACGUGCUGCUGCGAAAACUGCGGGUCCACAAGUCUCUCUCAGGAAGUGCGCCUCCACUCACUGAAAAGGAAGUUGAGAACGUGUUUGUACAACUGUCCUUGGCCUUUAGAAAUGACAGCUACACCCUGGAAUCUAGAAUUAACCAGGCUGAAAGAGAACGCAACCUGACGGAGGAGGACACCGAGAAGGAACUGGAAAAUUUCAAAGCUUCCAUUACGUCCUCAGCAUCGCUGUGGAACCACUGUGAGCACCGUGAGACCUACCAGAAGCUGCUGGAGGACAUUGCGGUCCUGCACCGCCUGGCCGCCCGCCUCUCCAGCCGGGCCGAGGUGGUUGGGGCCGUCCGUCAGGAAAAACGCAUGUCAAAAGCAACAGAAGUGAUGAUGCAGUAUGUGGAGAAUCUGAAGAGGACAUACGAGAAGGACCACGCAGAGCUCAUGGAGUUUAAGAAACUUGCAAAUCAGAAUUCAAGCCGUAGUUGCCCCUCUGAAGAUGGGGUCCCUCGCACGGCACGGUCCAUGUCCCUCACGAUGGGAAAGAACAUGCCCCGCCGGAGGGUCAGCGUGGCUGUGGUUCCCAAGUUUAAUGCCCUGAACCUGCCUGGCCAGUCUCCCAGCUCAUCACCCGUCCCUUCCCUACCAGUCCUGUCAGAAUCACCCAACGGGAAAGGCAACCUACCUGUCACCCCAGCACUGCCCGCACUUUUGGAAAAUGGAAAGACCAAUGGGGAGCCAGAAUGUGAAACCCCUGCUCCUGUGCGGCCUCCAGGCUGCCGGGAGGAAGUCAGCCAAGAGACCAAGAGCAGGAUGGAGGAAGAAGCCUACAACAAGGGAUAUCAGGAAGGUUUAAAAAAGACCAAAGAACUUCAAGAUCUGAAGGAAGAGGAGGAAGAACCAAAGAGUGAAAGUCCUGAGGAACCUGAAGAGAUAGAAGAAACUGAAGAAGAGGAAAAGGACCAGAAAAGCAGCAAACUUGAACAAUUGGUCCAUUUCUUGCAAGUCAUGUAUCCCAAACUGUGUCGGCACUGGCAAGUGAUCUGGAUGAUGGCUGCAGUGAUGCUGAUCUUGACUAUCGUGCUGGGGCUCUACAAUUCCUAUAACUCUUGUGCGGAGCAAGCCGAUGGGCCCCUUGAAAGGUCCACUUGCUCGGCAACCCAGAGGGACUCCUGGUGGAGCUCAGGACUCCAACACGAGCAGCCUACAGAGCAAUAGGAAACUUGAUUCCUAGUCAAUGCCAUGAUCCAGUGUAUUCAGCCCCCAAGUAUAAUGAAUGUAUCAGGCCCAAGUGUGACACCACCCCCUCAUCAGGGAACAAGGAGGCCUUCUUUUCAUACUUGGCACCUCUGGGGAGCUAUUCAUACACAGUAACAUGAUGUUCCUGGAGGAUCAACAAAACUGCCCUGGGAAAGCCUCCUAUGGACAAAGAAGUGACCUACACCGAGGAGCUCUAGCCAAGGAGAUGGUCUCUUGUCCCUAGCUCAGAUGGCAGGGGAGAACUGAAACACCUUCCAUGAGGAGGAUGAUAAGAAGCUCACUCUACCCCUUUUCCUUUCUGCAGUUGGUUAUCAGGAAGAAUUGUGCUUAGCAGCUAGUACUGACACUAAGGAUCAGACCUGGAAUUUGGAGUCCCAGCAUGAAUAUCUUCCCACGUCCCAUCUCAUUUUCCAUGGCUAUCCUUUGGCCUCUCCUUCCCUCCUUGGGAAUCAGUUUCUUUUCACAGAGUAGGAAAGUUUUCUGGGAAAAAUGUAUAGCUUAGUGCUUGAAAUGAAAUGGGAAAAUGUGAAUUAAUAUAUACGAGUCUGUACACAUGCAGACAAGACAGACACACUAGAUGCAUGCAUGUGCAUGAAGUCAACAACCCCCUGAAUGUGUGUUCUGGGUAUGUGCUAUGGGCAAGAAAGAUGUGUGUCAAACCUACUCAGCGAUUUUCACUGUGUGGGGAAGUGACCAGGCACUGUACAGUGAGCUCUCUGCACGGACUGAAGGUGUUUGGAAAACACAAAACCCUAUGGUUGUAAUGGCAAACUUGCUGGUUUCCACGCCAAAUGCCAAGUCUAAACUGCUGUACAGUGCGAUCUAUUUCCUACUUUUUCUCUCCCUGUGAAAGCAGUUGUCUCAGUUGUUGCACACUGAGUUCAGCCCUCUCAUUCUGUGUGGUGUUCACCUGCACAGGCAGCUGCACCUUAGGGCUUCCAUUCAGAUGGGAUUCCCCGCCCAAGGGUGUGCUUCAGAAUAUGCCCAGCUAGUCAGUAUUGAAUGAAGAAGCUCAUCCCAUCUCCAGUUUUAUGUCUGUCCCCAAUCUUUUCAGCCACUGUCUUCAGUCUGUCCUCAUCAGUUGGGGGGAACAGGGGAUGUUGGUUUUCGGAUGGCUUCUGUUGUGAUUGUUUUUGUUAUUGUUUGCUUCUGCUGCUAACACUCAUAUAGAACUUACUAUGAUCCAAGCACUAUUCUCAGUGUUCUGUGUGUAUUAAUUCACUUCCACCGUAAGAAAAUUCCUCUGUGUAGAUAUUUUCUUGUCGUGUUUUCAGAUAAAGACGCUGAAACACAACAAAAAGAUGUGCGAACACACAGCUAGUAAAUCAUGAAGCUGGCUGCAGGGGCCGCAUUCCUCGGCCUGCACUAAAUAACUGCUCCUUCCAGGGUCUCCUAGCUGGAUGCCUUACAUUUCAGGUUCCAUUUACCAGCUGGCCCCUCAGCCCUCCUAACCACCUCUGGUUCUCAAACUAAACUGUUUUUCUCCCACCUCUGUACUUUUAUUCUGAAUUUUUCUCUUCUAGUCACUCGUGGGGACCAAGUAUAAAAAUUACCAUUCCUUACAGACUUUCAUGAGAUCCCACCACACUCCCCACAAAAUGGGUCACACCCUCCUCUGUGCUUUCUGGGACUUGUCAAGUAUUUUUGGCAUUGACUUGUACCUACAAUCUAUCACCAUAACUUAUUUAUGUAUCUGUCUCUCUGAGCAUUCUUGCUCAAAGACAAGAACCAUGUUUUACCCAUCUCUUGGGUAGGUGCCUAACAUGGUGGCUGAUGCUUGGGAGAGUGUCUUUAAAUGUUGGUCAAAAGAACAAGCAAACAUUCCAAGUGGUGGAGAGCACUGUGGGACAGCUAGUAUUUUGUGAUUUUCCCAAUAUUGGCACCAUCCUCACUCCAUCUCCAUGAGAAAAGAUAGUUUUCUUGCUCUAAGAUUACUCUAGUAUUCCUUAGUCUACUCUGAGAGAAUAAGAAUGAAACCAGGCUAGCAGCAACACCAUUACCAAGCUCAAAGACUGGGCUCAAUGCAAUCACUCCCUUCAGGGAGACCCCAUAGACUAGGUCCCACUUUAAAACCACAUGUUUACGGAGGGGGGGGGUGCAUAAAUUACCAGUGGCUGGAGAAUGGCUGAGUGAAAUAGCAGGCUUGACCAAGGAUGUGCCGUUAAGGUCAAGAGUUGCAGAUUAAGGCAGAGAGACUUUGGAGACAUAAGUAGAUUUACCUAGCCUCUUCCAGAGGGCCAUGUACAACUGAAGGACCUUUAGCUUCAUGAGCCCCCUGAGACAGGAUAUGAAUGGAGAUCCAGAGACAGUGGCCCUGAGGUGGACUCUAAGUAGCCAAUCUUGACCUCUCUGAAAGAACAACUAGGCUGAGCUGGCCCUUUGUCCACUUGGCCCAGGUUUCCCAACCCCAUUUCCAAGUGAGACAAGGCAAGAACAGGGUCAGAGAGCUCCUGCAUUUCCAGUAAUCUCCCAGGAAAGCCUGAGAGAGCCCUGGGCAGAGGCCUUUACCUCACUGCUCCAUUAGAAUGAGAGAAGUCUGGGAAAAGGGCAUUUCUGAGAGGUAGCAUGAGUAGCCAUACUUACAAGGACUGAAAGCAAAAAUCAACCUGAUGCAGUUGCAGCUGCUGCCAAAGCAAUUACAAAACGGGAACAGGCCCUGUAUUUCCAAAGUGACAUCAAUCUGAAAUAAAGUUCCCCUCAAACUGCCUCUGAAAUCUGACAUUUCUGCUUAGCCCAAGAAGUCUGGUUGCCUACCUGCAAUUGCAAAGAGAUACUAUAUGUUGUUUGCACCAUUGUUGAUGUCACUUCCUAAAAGGACCUUCACUUUCGGACCACGACAAAGCCAUAUAUGUAUUGCUCCUCGUGCGCAACCUGACAGAGUAAAUGAAGGAGAUGCUGGGUUUGCAUAUCACUGGCUGUCAGUUCCUAAUGUUGUUAAACCUCACACGGGUGUGCUAGCAUCAACUGUAGAGUGUCACAUACCUGAGUUUGAAAAUAAAAGCACAUUUCCAAACCUUG